GAUAUAACAAGUCGAAUAGAGUAUUCUUUUCCUUCCUGUCACUUUUAUCAAUCAUAAAUCUACGUUAGAUAAAUCAUAAUAAAAGCCGUCGAAUAAUUCGCUCUCGGGUCUACUCACAUUCGUCGUCAUACAGACCCUGAGAGCGAUCGUCGAAGGACGUGCCAAUGGACACUCCUCGGCGCCGACCAUGGAUAUCAAGGACAGUAGUGACGAAGAGGAUGAAAAAACACGUGACAUUACAGCGUUUGGUAAAUUCGACGAGGCGAUCGUGGUGCGUAAUGCCGAGGAAAUCAAGAGCCCGAUAAACCGUGGACUCUUGAGUUCCAGGAGGACCAGAAAAAGCAUAACGAGCGACAGCACGGACCCGUUAGCGUCCAGCUCGCCACGUGAUAGCAGGCACGAAUUCAAGAGAUACUCGAACAAAGAUGUUGGCAUUGAGAAAUCGAUGGAAAUUGGCAGCGAUCCUUCGGACAGUGAGGAGAGCGACGACGAUGACAUACAGGGUACCAGCAUUGCAAAACCGAUCAAUUUGUAUGAUCCUAAGGAAUUCGAGAAUCUGGAAGCAUCGACGGAGGUCAAGGAAUUAUUUCAAAAUAUAAUGAGGUACACGCCACAGAAAAUCGAGCUUAACUACAAGUUGAUACCAUUCAUUCCUGACUACAUACCGGCAGUCGGCGAUAUAGAUGCCUUCAUAAAGAUACCGAGGCCCGACGGAGUCGAAGAUAAAAUUGGCCUAACUGUAUUAGACGAGCCCUGUACCAAUCAGUCGGAUCCAGCGGUGCUGCAUUUGCAAUUACGCAAUCAUUCUAGGAGCGCCGGCGCUGCUACGAGACAGGCGGUCGUCAAAAGGAUAGAGGAUGCUGAGAGAAACAGCAAGUCAAUUGAUAAAUGGAUUGACGAUAUGAAUCAGUUACACAGGAGUAAACAUCUGCCGGGUGUGCAACUGAACCAUGCGAUGCCGGACAUCGAUGGAUUGAUGCAGCAGUGGCCGCCGCAAGUGGAAGAAAAACUGAAUGAACUGCAGCUGGAUCUAUCAGAGCUCGACUGUGAUCUGCCGCAAUUGGUCGAUGUGGUCUGCAACCUUUUGGACAUUCCCACGCAAGAGAACACCCGACUAGAGGCUCUUCAUACGCUAUUUACGUUGUACCUGGAGAUUAGAAAUGUUGAGAACCGGAACUUCAGUUAGCAUUAAACAAUUAAAUUAGUCUAUAUUUAAACUGUAAGAGUUGAUUAGAGAGAGAGAG